AUAAUUACAAAAAGCACCCCAAGCAAAAGUUUCACUGAAGCUCAACAAAACCCCUCGGCUGUAUUACAUCGGGCCGCCGCUAACAAAUCACCAACUCUCGGUUAUUGUCUGCAAACCCUAGUCUCUCUCUAUCUCUACUAAAUUAUCAUUCAAAUUCGUUUCAUAAGCUCAGCUGAUAGUCAUGGCAGGGACAGAUGCUACGGAGAGUGGUUUAUCAUGUGUUAAAUGUGGCAAGCCUGCUCAUCUUCAGUGUCCAAAAUGUGUUGAAUUGAAGCUUCCACGUGAAGGCGCUGCUUUCUGCACUCAAGACUGUUUCAAGGCAUCAUGGAGCUCUCAUAAAUCAGUUCAUUUGAAAGCAAAGUUAUCAUCAGUUGGAGCAAGCAAUCCAUGGGAACUUAAUAUAGCCUCACCAAGUGAUGGUUGGCUUUAUUGUAUUAGGAAAGGACAGUCUCGAACAGCACAAAUUCCUCAUUUUGAUUGGACAGGACCAUUAAGGCCUUAUCCCAUAUCAAAAAAACGUGUAAUACCUGCAGGAAUUGAGCUACCUGAUUGGGCAGUUGAUGGAACUCCAAAAAUCGAGCCUAUUAGUGAUCUGCAACAUGUUGUUGAGAUAAAAACUCCAGAGCAAAUUGAGAGAAUGAGAGAAACUAGCCGAAUAGCAAGAGAAGUUUUAGAUGCAGCUGCUCGUGUUGUGCGUCCUGGUGUGACUACUGAUGAAAUUGAUGCUGUUGUCCAUGAAGCAACCAUUGCUGCUGGAGCAUAUCCAUCUCCAUUAAAUUAUCAUUUCUUUCCAAAAUCUUGCUGCACGUCUGUUAAUGAAGUAAUCUGCCAUGGGAUUCCAGAUGGAAGGAAAUUGGAAGAUGGAGAUAUUGUGAAUAUUGAUGUAACUGUUUAUUAUAAAGGAGUCCAUGGUGACCUGAAUGAAACUUAUUUUGUUGGUAAUGUUGAUGAGGCAUCUCUACAGUUGGUCAAAUGUACUUACGAGUGCUUGGAAAAAGCAAUAGCUAUCGUGAAACCUGGAGUACGCUUUCGUGAAAUUGGGGAAAUUAUAAAUCGACAUGCUACCAUGGCAGGCUUAUCUGUGGUGAAAUCCUAUUGCGGGCAUGGUAUCGGAGAACUCUUCCAUUGUGCACCAAACAUACCCCAUUAUGCCAGAAAUAAAACCGUUGGUGUGAUGAAAGCUGGACAAACCUUCACUAUCGAGCCUAUGAUAAAUACUGGUGUCUGGCGUGACAGAAUGUGGCCCGAUGGUUGGACAGCUGUCACCGCCGAUGGCAAGCGCAGCGCUCAGUUUGAGCAUACUCUCUUGGUAACUGAGACUGGAGUGGAAGUUCUUACAGGGCGAUUGCCCACAUCUCCCAAGGUUUUCCCAUGGCUAAGCUCGUAGUGGGAUGGGCCGGGCCCACCUUGUAAUAUUAAAGAGGAGGAAUAUGAUUGAUAAGAUUAAAAUUUAAAAGUGAGGGAGAGGUUUUAAAUUAUUUGUGACGUUACGUUGGUAUGAAUAAUGAUAGAAUUGAUUGAGAAUUUUGGCUUCCAAUUUGUACACAUUUUCACAUGGUUUGAUAUUAUUUUCAUCACGUU